AAGGUUGCAUUUGCAGUCUGCCAACGUUUAGCGAGGGUUUUACUCUGUUUCAAGGCGUCUUAGCCGACAGCAGAAGAGAAUAAGGGUUUUUGUUUUAGGGUUCUUCAAUUGUUUCACGUAAGAACUCAUUUUUCUUGUCAAUUUUUCAUUUUCACUUUUAUCGAUUCACUGUAUGAUUUAUUGUUAAUAGUUGCUUAACUAGUAAAUCUACGAAUGACAUGAGUUAGUAGUUUAGUUCAUUAUCCCCAAAUGCAUCGAAGAAUCACUGUUUUCACCCUUCAAGUUCUCAGAAAUCCCCCUAUUAUCCCCUCCCAGAAAAACCCAUUUUACUCCCAGUUUAUUCCCUUUGCCCGUGGAGCAAAUGAGUUAGCUUCUUUUCGAUUUUUUUCCUUCUCUCCGGUGCACCGACGUGUACCUGAUCCCGAUGACCCUGCAAAUCUGAUGAAAGAAGAUGGUGUGUCAGUUUGUUCUCAGAUGUGGAUUGAGAAUUUUAGAGAACCCGAUAGGUUGGUUUCCAAUUUGACCUCGUAUCUUCGGAGAUUCGAAUUGUGGGUAUUGGCUUAUCAGAAAAUUUGUGCUGAUGAAAUAGGAUCAUAUGUGCCUCGCAGUUCGAUUACUAGGUCUGCAUUGGAUGAUUUGUUAGCUUUGAGAAAUGCCGUUCUUGAUAAUAGGUUUAAGUGGGGUGCCAGGCUGGAUUUCUUUAUAAAAUCACCUAAAGACAAGACGGAUUAUGAAUCUUUAUCCAAGAGGAAGAUUAAGGCGAUCUUAACGACUACUCAACCUGCAUCGUUUCAAGACAAGUUAGUGCAGGAGGUUUUGUUUAUGAUUCUGGAACCGAUAUAUGAGGCUCGGUUCUCACACAAGUCAUUUGCCUUUAGGCCUGGGAGGAAUGCUCAUACAGUAUUGAGGGUGAUCAGGAGAAAUUUUGCUGGUUAUUUAUGGUAUAUAAAGGGCGAUUUAAGUGUGAUUUUAGAUGGAUUGAAGGUGGGGUUGGUGAUAAGUGCUUUGAUGAGGGACGUGAGGGAUAAGAAGAUUAUUGAUUUAAUCAAGCUGGCACUAGUCACACCUGUGAUAACUAGUCCCGUAGAUGGAGAGGAAAAGAAGAAAAAGAAAAAGAGGAAGUAUCAGAAGAAGAAGGUGUUGGCUGAGGAUGAGCCAAAGCCCGAUCCUUACUGGUUGGAGACUUUUUUCGGUUUCGCACCAGAGGAGGCAGAGAAACUUCCUUCAUGGGGGCAUUGUGGAAUUCUUAGUCCUCUUUUAGCUAAUAUAUGUCUCGAUGAAUUGGACCGGUGGAUGGAAGGUAAGAUUAAGGAUUUCUAUUGUCCAUCCAAGAGUGAUGUUAUAUGGAAUAGUCCUGAAGGGGAAGCAGAACAGGGGAACACAUCUUGGCCAGAAUUUGUUCCAACUAGUGGGCCAGAUAAGACGCGGAAGAUGGACUAUACGCUAUGGAGGUCAUAUUUGAUUGGUAUCCGUGGACCAAGGGCAGAUGCAGCAACACUGAGGAAACAGUUAAUCGAGUUUUGUGAUCAGAAGUAUAUGAUAAAGCUUGAUAACGAUAGCCUCCCAAUUGAACACAUAACCAAAGGUAUAAUGUUUCUUGACCAUGUAUUGUGUCGGAGAGUGGUGUAUCCCACUCUUCGGUAUACUGCAACUGGUGGUAAAAUUAUUAGUGAGAAAGGUGUUGGCACCCUUUUGUCUGUCACAGCAAGCUUGAAACAAUGCAUCAAGCAAUUUAGGAAGUUAAACUUUCUUAAGGGUGAUAGGGAACCAGACCCACAACCAUGUUUUAGGAUGUUUCAUGCUACUCAAGCUCACACCAAUGCUCAGAUGAACAAGUUCUUGUCGACAAUGGUUGAGUGGUAUAGAUAUGCUGACAAUCGGAAAAAAGUUGUUAAUUUUUGCUCCUAUAUCAUUAGGGGUUCCCUGGCAAAGCUCUAUGCUGCAAAGUACAAGCUUCGUUCACGAGCAAAAGUUUACAAAAUUGGUGCAAGAAAUCUGAGCCGACCUCUGAAGGAGAGGAAAGGACAGUCUCCGGAGUACCAGAAUCUGCUGAGAAUGGGCCUUGCUGAGUCAAUUGACGGCCUUCAGUAUACCAGAAUGUCUCUCAUUCCCGAGGCUGAUUAUACACCCUUCCCUAGCAAUUGGAAGCCUGACCAUGAGAAGGCAUUAAUUGAAUAUAUAAGGCUUGAUGAUCCAAAAACUCUGGAAGAGCAAAGGAGUUGCAUUUGUGAGCAGGGACUCGUUUCACCGCAGGACUACAUAUCUAUGCUAGUGUGGAACUACAAGAGAAAUGCAAUUGUGAUGGAUCAGCUUUCCCUGGUCAAAAGUGCUAUUAAUAGUACAAAAGGAGAUCAUGAGAACUAUGAUACUGAGAUCAAAGAUGAGGAGGUAUCUGAAGAAGGGCUUCACGCAUCACAGAUUUAAGACAGAUUUUGUAACCAGUGCAAAUCUUGUAAUGUAUGUCCUUCCAAUGCCUUUGAUGUUCUUUGCUGGCCCUGAUGGUUGUGCUCUUUUUUCGGAAUCUGACUGUAGGUAACUUUUAUUUGUCCUAAAUUUGGCAGUAGACAAGGUUUUAUCUUCCUUUUUUGUUAUCUUCAUCGUUCGAUACUCUUUACUUUAUUAGUAAUGAAUA